GAAUACUGAAAACUCUAAACCAAUUCUCUCGUAUCGAUAACAUCUUCUCUAGUGUUUCAUACUUUUCCUUCAUGUUUGUUUCAAACUGUUCCCUGGUUUCUCUUAACCCUUUGCUCUUCUCUGUUUCUAGCCUAGUUCUUUGGGCCCUGGGCUAGAUCAAACGGGGGCCUUUCCCUGCUCUAGCCACUCUCCGGUGUCUUUCUCUGUCAGCCCUGUGGCUUCCCCCUCCCCCAGCCAGUCCCAUACGUCUCCCUGGCCCUCCUCACGCUUCUCCAUGCCCACGGGCUUCGAGCUUCACAUAGACGAGGAGGGAAGGGACAGCCGUAUAUCUACAAAUGGUCGACACCCCUUCCCUUGCCACAGUCCAGUCUCCACCCUCUCUACGGCCAGCGAGACAGACUUUGAACCAGACUUUGACAUUGAAGUGUCAGCCAACAUGCUGUCCUCCCAGCUCCAGUCUCUGGUGGUUCUCACCCACGGAGCCAGCAGCAACAACUCGUCCAAUCUGCUCAGAACCAGCUCCAGUCCCUCCACCACCCCGUCUCUGACCUCGGUUAACACCGUGCUGGACCACAAGUCCUCCAAGUCCUGCAGUCCCUCUGCGGAACGCAUUUCCCCCAGUUCCCCGUUUGCCAAGCACCACUAUGAACAAGACACUGCAGCCAAGGGGCCCAACUGCUGCAACGACCUCAACUUGGGUUACUACCACCCAACCUCUAACCACAACCUGUCGUCUCCCUCCUCUGGGCCCAAGACGCCCUCCCCUCAGCCUGCCGUCACACUUUCUCCUUCUCCCCUGCACAUCCUCUCUAAAACGGCUUCCCCUUCCCCGGUCACCUCUAUGGCGGCACACUCUCCCCCUAUGUUCAACAGCUCGCGGAUCCCCAGCAGAGAGCUGCUGGGACCCACCCUGACAGCCAACAGAGUAAGCCCCCAGUGUGGGCCUCAUACUCCCAUGUUGGACCCCUCCCUCGACGAGGCUCUGGACAGCCUUCUGGCCAUGAGUUUCCCAAAGGACAUGCCGAGCGAGAUGGACGACCGCUGCCAGAGCGGAUUGGUCUGCGAGGUGCAGGAGGACCCCAUCCUGCCCAUGGACAGGCACAGCAUGCAGCCCGACAUGUUCGCCGGCAGCACCACCACCACCACGGACGGCUCGCUGUACGGGGGCAUGGACGGCCACGGGGACCUGGAGUGGGCCGACGAGGAGCUGUCCGUGUCCCUCAACGACGGUCUGGACGGCACCAUCACGCCGUACACCGAGAGGCCCUACACCGACGGCAGCAUGACCCCGCUGACGGAGGCCAGCUGGAUGGACGAGUCCAUGACGCCUUCCUCGUGCCCCGGCACUCCCGACGUGGCCUUGGACCUUCCUCUGAUGCAGCCCGCUACUAUGGAUCGCGUUUCCGCCUCAGGACAUCUCAAGUCAGUCAUAAAGCGUACCAAAGAGACGCCCAACGUGCACCCCAUGCUCAGAGACGGCCUCCUGCGGAGGAAAGUGGGGCCGGUCAUCGUCAACAAGAGCAACUCCCAGGACCGACUGAUUGAGGAGCUGCAGGGUAAGCUAGGCAUUGGCCGCGCUGAGCGCCGCCGCAAGCAGCAGGACGACUGGCUCACAGAGGGCGUCAUCGUCAUGUCCAAACCGCAGCGGUUACGGAUGGACGGGGCGGCCGCAGAAGUGGAAAAGAUCAGUGCUCAGGGGAAGGGUAGUGGCCCUCCCACCACUCAGGUGAACAAACUGGACAACAUGCUGGGGAGCCUGCAGUCAGACCUCAACAAGCUGGGGGUGCAGACGGUGGCCAAGGGGGUGUGUGGGGCCUGCAGCAAGCCCAUCGUGGGGCAGGUGGUGACGGCCAUGGGGCGCACAUGGCACCCCGAGCACUUUGUGUGCACACACUGUCAAGAGGAGAUCGGUUCUAGAAACUUCUUUGAGCGUGACGGGCAGCCCUACUGUGAGAAGGACUACCACAACCUCUUCUCCCCGCGCUGCUACUACUGCAAUGGACCCAUUCUGGAUAAAGUGGUGACAGCGCUGGACAGAACAUGGCACCCUGAACACUUCUUCUGUGCUCAGUGUGGAUCCUUCUUCGGACCCGAGGGUUUCCAUGAGAAAGAUGGCAAGGCGUACUGCCGGAAGGAUUACUUCGACAUGUUCGCCCCUAAGUGCGGUGGCUGUGCCCGAGCCAUUCUGGAAAACUACAUCUCCGCACUCAACUCUCUCUGGCACCCCGAGUGUUUCGUCUGCAGGGAGUGCUUCACCCCGUUUGUGAACGGCAGUUUCUUCGAGCACGACGGGCAGCCCUACUGUGAAGUGCACUACCACGAGCGGCGCGGCUCCCUGUGCUCCGGCUGCCAGAAGCCCAUCACGGGCCGCUGCAUCACCGCCAUGGCCAAGAAGUUCCACCCGGAGCACUUUGUCUGUGCCUUCUGCCUCAAGCAGCUCAACAAGGGCACCUUCAAGGAGCAGAACGACAAGCCCUACUGCCAGGGCUGCUUCGUGAAGCUGUUCAGCUAGAGAGGGGGAGGAGGAGGAGGAGGAGGAGGAGGAGGAGGAGGAGGAGGAGGAGGAGGAGGAGGAGGAGGAGGUGGAGGGAGGGGGCGACAGAAGCGCAUUCAGAAGUUGAUGUGAUUCGUACGGAUGGCAUUUUUUAAUAUGAAUGGGGUUGUUUUGAGUGCAGACUUUGGAAGUGUAUAUGGUAUAAGUAUCUGCAUGUAAUUUGGGCAGUACACCAUAUGCUUUUUGAUAUUUAUAGAAUAAAAAAAAACCUGACCCGUUUAUUAGUAGCGGUCAUACACUUUGAAAGCUGGGGCUGUUACACAGGCUAAGCGUGGCCUCAAAUGGGUCAGUUUCUCUCUUCAGUAGAACACAAAUGUUUAGCAGGUCCAAACCUGCGGUUCUCUGAGGGGGGGGGGGGGGGGUUGGAACAUGGAGUAUCUUGAUGGGGCUGAAGCUUACCAACACUGAAGCUGCACGCACAAUGCUUGGCGUUUAAAGCUUGUUGCUCACUGGUUGAGUGUGAAUUUUGGAAUUCAUUAUAGAAUAACUGUUUAAACAUGAAUUGUUUAGGUCGUAAGUAACAAGAUGAUACUAGCCAAGUGGUGAAGGGAAUUAUUUUCUGAUUGUUUAAAAGAUUAUAAAUAUGACUGUGACAUUCUGGUAACAUUGACUGAAAAUAGGAGCUGUUGUAUUUAAGAUCAUCUAUAGGUCUUCAAACUAUAAUGGAAUCAAUAACUUGGUGAGGAAGUUGAGUUAUUUUUUAGAAGUCAUUAUUCACACCCCAAAAUAAUCAAUCCCAAUUGACUAACGAUAUAUACAAAUAUAUCAUGCAGUGAUGGCAUUUUUUCAGGAUACUGUAAAUGUUACAGAGACUAAUCUAAAGUCACGCCUUUUCAGUCACAGAUCAUUCCCUGUCCGUUACAGAGAUGCUAGAUAGAAUUCUAAAAAAUAUUCCUCUGAGCUGCAGGGCAGUCGUAGUUUGUCGCGGCCUGUGAACCGAUCAUUCAGUACGAUACUGAACUUCUCUGCUUCAUACAGGUAACACUGGGAGUGUAUUCUAAGAUCAAAUGUAGCUUUGGCUCCUCCUGAGACUAGCUGGUCUAACUUCAAACUGACUGAAACGCUCAAUAUUUUUUUACUUAGUUGAUAUAGCUAUAUAAAUUACGACUAACUUUCCAGUUGAAUGUUCUGUGUAGCAUGUGCAUCUAAUUAAUAACCACUCGUUAGAGGCCGACGGCCUCCAGGAGUAUUUCUGUUUUGUUUUUAUCACUGUAUUGAGAUGCUGGUGAAAUUGUUUUUCUAGGACAUUCACAAAUCAACAAGAAUAGGUAUACAAUAUGAAAUACUCCUUUGCCAUUGCUUGUUAACAAAAAAUCAAUCUUUCAGAAAUCAAGCUUGUAUCUAAUUUUAUUUUCUGUGCCAAUGUAAUGUCUUUUAACACUGUUAUAACCAGCAUCACAGAUGACCUUCAUAGUCUCGAUCAUUUCAUCUGUGACUUCACUCAAACAUGUAAACAGUUUAAAUAAAAGUCUGGUGCUCUCUCAUGAAAGGACUUUAGAGUAAUUUGACUCCUUUCUCUCAGCAUCUGAGUAGUAACUACUGUUUAGCCAUAACGGCUGGAAACGCGUCUGCAGAAUUGUUACCUGGUUUAACCGUGUAAAGCAAUAUGUAUCAGGCCUCAUGACUUCAGGGAAUAAUAGAGCUGUGCAUCUUAUAUCAUAUUAAGUCUGUCUAAACUGUCUGCUUUAAUAAUUGAAGUACAUGCUAUUUAGCCAAAGCCAUAAAUAUUUGUCAAUUUUUUCCUGUUUCUGUUCCAAUUUCCUCUUCACAACUUAAAGAUGUACUAUUUAGGGAGCUGACUCACUGCUCGCCUGAUAAAUCAAAUAAAUACGUUUUGGUAACAAAUUCUCGCGGUGGUAUUAUUGUCUAACACGGUGAUUCCCAACCUUUGACUUCAGGUGGGCCCCUCUUGUCAUCAAGAACUUUCGCCAACCACCUUAAACGUAAAUGGUAAAAAAUGGAUCAAUACGCGUGCAGUGGCUGAGCGAAAGAGUAGCAGUGCCCCCUUUAAAUACAAUCAUUACUGCAAGUAGGUCAUGGCUGGUGGGAAACACUGGAAAGAAAAGUCAGCAGGGCUUAUCGCUUCGCAAUGUUUAUUUUGCUAACACGAAAAAAUGACAAUGAAAAAACGGAUCGAAAGCCUAAAGCCACACAUUUUUUUGUAAUAAGCCGUAAUACUAUAUUUACUUGGCAAUAUUUAUAAUUUAAACUUUUAAUCAAAUUAAAUUGUCGAUUUGUCUAUUUCAAGAAUAAAACCCAAAUACCAUCUGCAGU